AUGGCUAAACCUUUAAAGGUGCUUUUGGGAACAUGUUUCUUUUAAUUCUGGAUCUUAUUUAUGGGAUUAGCAGGCUACAUGACCUAUAGAUUAAUUGUUUAUAGAGAAUCUUGGAAUAUAGUGCUUUUUAUUGUGACUAUGUUCUUGCAAAUUAAUUAUGUGAAAUCAGAAACAUACAAAAAAUUUUAAUUAUGGUUUAAUAUUAUGGAAUGGUUUGAUAAAAGAGAAAUAGUGGAAAUGGAGAAACCUAAGAAAAGUAAUUCUAUGGUAUAAUAUUAUAAUAAUUUAGUUUUGUUUUCAUCCACAUGGUAUAUACAGUAUGGGAAUGGUUCAUAAUUUGUAUACAAAAAAUACAUUCUUUGAAAAUUUAGUUGUUUUGAGUUCAAGAUUUGCAUUAUCAAUACCAUUUUCUGGUCUUUUAUUAACAUUAUUUGGAUUAGAAGGAGUACAUCCAGAAAAUUUAACUAAAUUGUUGAAAAAAGGGUCUAAUGUAGGAAUAAUGGUAGGGGGAUUUGAGGAAGCAACAUUAACAAAAUAUGGAGAAAAUAGAGUAUAUAUAAAGGAAAGAAAAGGAUUUAUAAAGUAUGCAUUGAGAUAUGGAACUACAAUCUAUCCUGUAUAUACGUUUGGUGAAAAUAAUAUGUUUUAUACGUAUAAUGGGUUUUAAUCUUUGAGACUUUGGCUUAAUAAAUUUAAAUUGAUAGGAACAAUAUAUUGGAGUAGAUUUUUAACAGUGCCUGUAUUAAAUAUUGAUUAUGAUAAAUAGGAACCUCAUAUUGAGAUGAUAACAGUUUGUGGUAAAGGAAUAGAAUUACCUAAGAUUGAGAAUCCAUCUAAAGAAGAUAUAGAUAAAUAUCAUCAAAUUUAUAUUCAAGGAUUGAAGGAUCUAUAUGAUAUUAAUGCACCUAAAUAUGCACCAAAAGUACCUUUGUAGAUAUUUUGA